CCUCGGGGAAAGAAGAGCCGGACGGAACCAGCGAAGGGAAAGGCAAGGAACAAGGGUGCCGACUUUGACUGAAAUCUGAGACGGAGGGCAGGGGAGGGCGACGUCCGCUUCUGAUUGGCCUGUGGGCAUCAUCGAACACCCACGCAGCCGCUUCGAUUGGUUGGUGCUCGCAAUUGUUGUGGCGGCAACGAAGAUUUUGCCCACGUACUUCCGAACGAGAGGCGGGGCUGUGCCCCAGCGCGCCUGCGCAACGUUCCAGGCCCCACCCGGUAGUUCAAGAACCUGCGAGGGGGCGGGGCGAAGAGGUGCUUGUUUUGGUUCUGUUUUCUUUGAAGCCGUAGGCCGGAACGAGCGUAGCAAUAAAGUUGUUGGACUUGGAGAGGCUACGACAAGCUCGCCGCGGUGCCUUAAUCUUGGACUUCACAUCCGGGUUCUCCUGCCGCGUGACCCGCGUUCCGCCGACGGUUCGAGAACCGGUGCCGCGCGCUCUUUAUCCGGGUCCCGGCGAUCCCGUCGUCCUUCGCGCACAACUGUAGCCCCCCCCCCCCAAUCCGGGUCCUCUCCCAGCGUCCCCCGCGCCGGGUUUGCUGGGGGCUACUCGGCGGUGCCGCCAUGACUAUUCUCCCCAAAAAGAAGCCGCCGCCUCCCGACGGCGACCCCGCCAACGAGCCGCCGCCGCCCGGACCGCUGCCCCCGGCGCCUCGCCGCGGCGGGGGUGUAGGCGUGGGCGGCGGCGGCACGGGUGUGGGCGGCGGCGACCGCGACCGUGACUCGGGCGUCGUGGGGGCCCGUCCUCGGGCUUCGCCACCGCCUCAAGGCCCUCUCCCGGGGCCACCGGGUGCGCUUCACCGCUGGGCGCUGGCCGUGCCGCCUGGCGCCGUGGCGGGCCCUCGGCCACAGCAGGCCUCUCCACCUCCUUGCGGGGGCCCUGGAGGUCCCGGCGGCGGUCCUGGUGAUGCGUUGGGUACAGCAGCGACGGGCGUGGGCGCGGCGGGUGUGGUGGUGGGCGUGGGCGGUGCCGUGGGUGUGGGCGGCUGCUGCUCAGGGCCGGGUCACAGCAAGCGGCGGCGUCAGGCCCCCGGGGUUGGUGCGGUUGGCGGGGGCAGUCCUGAGCGUGAGGAGGUCGGCGCAGGUUACAACAGUGAGGAUGAAUAUGAAGCGGCUGCAGCGCGCAUAGAGGCCAUGGACCCCGCCACCGUCGAGCAGCAGGAGCACUGGUUUGAAAAGGCCUUGCGAGACAAGAAGGGCUUCAUCAUCAAGCAGAUGAAGGAGGAUGGUGCCUGUCUCUUCCGGGCUGUAGCUGACCAGGUAUAUGGAGACCAGGAUAUGCAUGAGGUUGUUCGAAAGCACUGCAUGGACUAUCUGAUGAAGAAUGCUGACUACUUCUCCAACUAUGUCACAGAGGACUUUACCACCUACAUCAACCGGAAGCGGAAAAACAACUGCCAUGGCAACCACAUUGAGAUGCAGGCCAUGGCAGAGAUGUACAACCGGCCUGUGGAGGUGUACCAGUACAGCACAGAACCCAUCAAUACAUUCCAUGGGAUCCAUCAAAAUGAGGAUGAACCCAUUCGUGUCAGCUACCAUAGGAAUAUCCACUACAAUUCAGUGGUGAAUCCUAACAAGGCCACCAUUGGUGUGGGACUGGGCCUGCCAUCAUUCAAACCAGGGUUUGCAGAGCAGUCCCUGAUGAAGAAUGCCAUAAAAACAUCAGAGGAAUCAUGGAUUGAACAGCAGAUGCUGGAAGACAAGAAGCGGGCCACAGAUUGGGAGGCCACAAAUGAGGCCAUUGAGGAGCAGGUGGCCCGGGAAUCCUACUUGCAGUGGCUGCGGGAUCAAGAAAAACAGGCUCGCCAAGUCCGUGGCCCCAGCCAGCCCCGGAAAGCCAGCGCCACAUGCAGCUCUGCCACAGCAGCAGCCUCCAGUGGUCUUGAGGAGUGGACCAGCCGGUCCCCAAGGCAGCGGAGUUCAGCAUCGUCACCUGAGCACCCUGAGCUGCAUGCUGAGCUGGGCAUCAAGCCCCCUUCCCCAGGCACUGUCUUAGCUCUUGCCAAACCUCCUUCACCCUGUGCACCAGGUACAAGCAGCCAGUUCUCGACAGGGGCCGACCGGGCUACUUCCCCCCUCGUGUCCCUCUAUCCUGCUCUGGAGUGCCGGGCCCUCAUUCAGCAGAUGUCCCCCUCCGCUUUUGCAGGUCUGAAUGACUGGGAUGAUGAUGAGAUCCUAGCCUCGGUGCUGGCAGUGUCCCAACAGGAAUACCUAGACAGUAUGAAGAAAAACAAAGUGCACAGAGACCCACCCCCAGACAAGAGUUGAUGGAGACCCAGAGACUGGAGACCAUUUCCCAAUCCCUACCACUCCUGCCCUCCGGUGCCACCCCACCUUCUUUGGCUUUCUCCCAUCUUGCCUUCUUCCUUCUUUCCGCUUCUUUGGCUCCUCCCCACUUCCCUCUGGCUGGCCCACCCCUGUGCACCCUCUCAUCGCUGCCACCACCACCAUCAUCUGUCUCUUCGCCAGCUGAUAUGCCCUGUUCCCCCUGCACAGCACCAUCCCUGCAUUCCACAGGGGACUUGGGCAAGGGUGCUGAAGGUAGGCGAGGGGCACACAGAGACAAACCAACUGGCAGCCAGGCAGCCCCCGAGGAGAGACAGAUAGCAAAGUCUCCCUGCCCCCUAUUCCUUCCAAGAUCAGAAACUUGUCACCCUACCUUCAUAAAUGAUACCAGGGACGUGGGAGGAAGAAGUGGGAAAAAAUCCCCUUCCCAGUACCCUUAAAAUGUCUGAGCCUUCAAUGUUGAGUUUUUUUCUUUAUUAAAAUAUACUUUUAUCUUAUGAAAUCAAUCAGUGAUGUAGACAACAGCAUUGGCUCUAUGAAGGUGACAUCUCUCUGGUUUGGAGGCAGGUAGGCCACGGGGCACAAAGAUGUGGUUGAUGUACCUGGCCUCCAGCUCUGUGGAGAUGGGCAGGGUUUAGAGUAUGAGCCAGGGUGGGGUGGGAGGGCAGGAGGGGGCAGGUGUCAAGUGGGCUUUGGACGAGACUCUGACCUCGCUGCAUUCCUUAUGCUUCCACCACCACCACCAGUCUUUUUGGAAUCUCAGGGUGGGGGGCACCUUCGAGGAUCAUGGCCGCCACCCAGGAUUUGAGUGUGUGGGGGGGUUGGGAGCAGCCUCAGCAGAUGGGGCACUCAUGCCUUGCAGGUGUCAACAAGAUCCACCAUCUGUAAUGUCCUUGGCACAAUAAAACCAAAUGUCAGUUUC